GAGCAGGGCAGAAAGUGGGAGGGUUUGCGCGCGGCCGUUGUGUUCGGAUUGACUGCGCGCCCCCUCCCGGUGUAGCCGUUAGCUCGGUGUCCGGUCGAUGUUUUAGCGGCGGAGCGUGGACUGGAAGUGGGAUGAUAGUGUUGUAAACGUCGAGCCAGGCUUCAGCGACCGAGAGAGGACCAGCAGCCGCUCCGCCCCCGGGACAGAACAGGUGUGAGGCUGAGUGAGCGAGCCCGUGAGAGAAGCACAGAGAGAGAGAGAGAGAUCAUGGAUCACCAGAGACAGAGGAGUCUGUCCACAUCAGGAGAAUCGCUGUACGCCGUGCUCGGGGUCGACAAGAACGCCACCACAGAGGACAUCAAGAAAUGCUACAGGAAGCUGGCGCUGAAGUUUCACCCAGACAAAAACCCGGACAACCCCGACGCAGCAGACAAGUUUAAGGAAAUCAACAACGCCCACUCCAUCCUGGUGGACGCCACCAAGAAGAACAUCUACGACAAAUACGGUUCCCUGGGGCUGUACGUGGCCGAGCAGUUCGGAGAGGAGAACGUCAACACCUACUUUGUUCUGUCCAGCUGGUGGGCCAAGGUGGGUCAGCUUCCACGAUCUCGCAGCGCGUUUGAUAAGCAGGCGUGAAGCUUUCAGGCGCUG